AUGGAUUGUAUAUGUGAUGAAUUCAUUCUACUUGCGUUACAAGCGGUUGCUGCGAUUCAAAUCCCAUUAGAAUCACCAAAUGGAAUUACCAGUCAACCAAGUAAUAGACUAUCAAAACGAUCACCUGUUAAAUUGAGUGGUGAUAUUGGUCGAUGUUUCAAGAUAAAAGUCAAUGUUGAUGGAGUCAAUUUGGCUUUACAAGUCGAUUCAGCAUUUUCUGAUAUAAUUGUACCACUUUCUAGUUCAAGCAACAAUGUAGGUUUGGCUUCAGAAAGUAUCUCAAGUGAGAAACCCGUUAAUAUAAACUACAAUGACGACGAGUAUAAUGGAGUUACUUCUACAGCCACUGUGACGAUUCCAGGUACUGGUAUAGCUGGUGUCAAUUUACCAGUACUAGCAAUUCAAAAACAAUCGGCAAGUCUAGUUGGUAUUGGUGGAAAACUCGGUCAGGGAAUAUUUGGGUUUGGCCAUUCCUUGUUUUCAAAGCAUUAUUCACAAUUUACUGCAAUGGAUAUUUUGUACAAUGAUGGUGUCAUUCCUAAUAACGAGAUUGGUCUUCAACUAUGUCCGUAUGGCGCGGCUUUAAAAAGUUCCAUCAAUAUAGGAAACACGGACGUAACUACAAAAUGCGGAACGGAUGGAAAAAGUGUUGCAUGGGUACAAUCACCAAAAAACAAUCAAUUUAGUGUCAACAUCAAGAGUAUACUAGUCAAUGACAAAUCAGUGGAGCUACCCGAGGAAUUUCAGCAAGUUGUGGAAGAUGGACGUACUUUGUACUCGAGUGUGGAAACAUGCUAUAUGUAUAUGUGCUUCCCUGAAAUGGUCGUGUAUGUCUUGAUCAAUUCUAUUCUUGAUAGUGAUGCGAUCACUGUCAAAACUAUGUUUAAAAACGAUCACUUCAGCAAAAGAAAGAUUAAAAAGAAAUUACAAAAAAACCAUUUAAUGUCCAAAUCCAAGUAUAGUGUCGAUUGGGACAAAAUGCCAACGCUUUCAAUCGUGAUGUUUUCUCAAGCCCCCGUAACUGAUGACAAUCGCGAUUCCGUUGUAACAAUCACACUGGGUCCCAAAGACUAUAUGCAGAUAAUUGAUUCUGAAGAUUUUAUGUUUACUGUAACAGCUUGCCCAAAUGAUUAUGCAAAUCUUGGUACAUCAUUUAUGACCCGACUUAGAUUGACAUUUGAUUUACAAAAUCAACGCAUUGGGUUUGGUCCUGGAUGUGGAUGCGAAACUGCAACUGAUGGAUAUCCUACUAUCUCGAACGGUGAUCAAGUACUUUGGUCACCAUCACAAUUGCCUGAACAACCAAGUACUUCAGGUUCAGAUGGCACAUCCACUCCCAAGAAAUCGUUUUGGCGACUUGGUAGUACUCGUCAUGGUAGUAAGCAAGCAAAGUUUAAUUACGAGAAAUUUGAUGGCUGA